AUGCCUACACCAAUAACCUUAGACAACUGGUCACUUACAUUUUACGGAACUACAACAGAUCCAUGGCAAGCACAAGAAAGUAACGUUGUAACAACAGAACCAACAACUGACGCUGUAACAACACGAUCUAUAACUACUGACACCAUAACAACAAAGGCAACAACUACUUCUGACAUACCAACAACAAGAACAACUACUGACGCUGUAACAACACAAGAAAUAACUACUGACAGCAUAACAACAAAGGCAACAACUACUUCUGACAUACCAACAACAGAAACAACUACUGACGCUAAAACAACACAAAAAAUAACUACUGAUACCAUAACAACAAAGGCAACAACUACUUCUGACAUACCAACAACAGAAACAACUACUGACGCUGAAACAACACGAAAAAUAACUACUGAUACCAUUACAACAAAGGCAACAACUACUUCUCACAUACCAACAACAAAAACAACUACUGACGCUGUAACCACACGAAAUAUAAUUACUGAUACCAUAACAACAAAAGCAACCACGACUGCUGACGUAACAACAACGAAGACAACUACUGACGCUGUAACAACACGAAAAAAAACUACUGACAGCAUAACAACAAAAGCAACAACCACUGCUGACAUACCAACAACAAAAACAACUACAGACACUGUAACAACUCCGGGUAAGUAG